UGCUGUGGAUGUCAUAUGUUGUAUUUGCAAAAGCGGUUAUAUCCAAUAAUUUUCUUUUUGAUCAAAAUAAUCAAUUCGCAUCAAAAUUCUGAGAGGAAUUCUUAUAAUUAUAGUGUCAAUCGUUUAGUGCAGAUCGCAAACGAUGUCAUCUCUUAAAAUAGUUGAAUUAACUGAAGAAAACACCUGCAACAUAUGUAACAAUGGUAUCAGCAAAUAUUCCUGUCCGAAAUGCAACAUCCAGUACUGCUCAUUGGCUUGCUACCAGUCAGAGGGGCAUCUGGAAUGUUCAGAGAAUUUCUACAAAGAUUCUGUCAUGGAACAACUUGGGGCUACUUCAGAUAAAGACUCGAAAGCAAAGAUGAUGGAAAUCUUAGAAAGGUUCCAUGCACAAAAUGGAAUUAAAGAUGAUGAUAAUUCAAGGAAUUCUGAUAAUGUUGAAGAUGAUGAUGAUGAUUACUCUGAUUUAGAAGAAACACUUGAUUCUGAUGAUGAAUUGAAUAGCAUGUAUAAGUCACUGGAAGAGAGAUUGGCUGGAGUGUGUUUGGAUAAUUCAGAGGAUGUGUGGCAGACUUUGAAUAAUGAUGAGAAACAGGAAUUUGAAGCAUUCUUAAUGUCUGGUGAUGUAAGCCAAUAUAUUCCCAUGUGGACACCUUGGUGGGAAUAUGUUUGCGAUAAGAGAAUUAUAGAUUUGGAGGAGCUGGAAGCGCACAAAUGCAAAUGCCCAAAAAUAUUAACAGACAUAAAGCAGUUUUCACAACUUACAUCAAAGCCACCUGCAGACUGUGUGCAGUUUAACAUGAUGAACAUUCUCGCGGCUUACGUUUUCAUCGUGAGAUAUUUUAAUGGUGACCACAUGGAUUUCCCAAAGGAAAGCUCUAGUUUCAUAUUUAAUUUAUCAUUGAAUGUACGAAAGAACGAAAAUUUCGAUUGCUUCAACUUGGCCAUAAAUUCCGUUAUCAUGGAGUGUUCUAGGCCUGAAUUGGUUAUCAUGACUGAUGAAGAGAACAUCGAGCAUAUAAAACCAGACGUUCAAAGCAUCCUUGGAGGACCACACUCCACUGAAAGAAAAUACUAUUUGAUGUGCGCCCUAUCCGAAAUACAUGCUAUAUUCGAAAAAGCUGUGACGCACGAAAGUGCGGCCGGUGCAAGCAACGGAGAAUUCUACAAGAAGUUUACAGAACAUCAAGUGACUCCUCUAGAAAACGUCAGCAAUCCUGAUCUCAAGAAGGUGCUGAAGAAAAUUGAAUAUUUCCUUUCGUAUGCUAAGGAUUCAUACGAAGUUUAAAUCGCUUCUUCUUCUUUUAUACUUUAAAUAUGUUAUUUACUUCGGUAGGAAUAAAUCAAAAUAAUGAUA